GCUUAGUGCCUUCCUACAUUGAUUGGAUAGGAAAUAAGGUACACCAGUUUUAAACUAUUAUUGGGCCGGGUAAGAACUAUCAAACUCAGAACCCGAUAUCAACCCACUAUAUCUGCAUAAGAGCGAUAAACCGAUUUCUACCAGCUUCACAUUUCUAUAAAAAAUAUUUAUUUAAUCAGUUCUUCGAUUAUCAUUCGAGCUUGUCGUCAUAUCAACUUGGAAUCUUUUCUUGCGUCAUUCACCACCAUAUAAUCAUCUCAGGAUGGACGGCCUCGACGAGUUUGAAAAAACUCUUGCUGCAGAGAAAACUGAAAGGGAACGCGCAGAUGAGAAGAAACAUCGAAAGCAUAGACACCAUCACCGACGAGAUCGAUCAACAGAACGCGAUCGCGACCGCGAUAGUCACCACCAUGGGCAUCGUAGGUCGCAUGACCACCGCGAAGGCGACGACGAAGAUGGACACCGACAUAAACGAUCGCGUCACUCCAAAGACGAUGACCGCCAUCGCAGGCGCGAACGCCAUAGAGAUGAUCGAAGCGAUUCCGAUAAACGAGACCGACAUGUAAAGACUUCAGAUGCGAAGGAAGAUCUACCAUUACCUGAUGAAGAGCUAGUUGCGGAAGACUUCACAAAACCAACUAAGGCUACUUCGAACUUGGUCCGAGACUCGUGGAUGACUGCACCAUCCGCCCUAGAUAUCGAUUACACGCAAAAAGGUUCUAAGCAAUCCAAGCCACCGCCGCCACCUAGCCAAGCGCCGCAGAGAGAAAUUCACAAACGAGAAAUCAAUGCAGCACAACUACAGGAGCUAAAUAGUGGAAAAUCCCUCGAUGACAUCGAACUACCAGCCCAACACGAAGUUGACUACACUUUUGGCGACGGUGGUUCAAAAUGGAGAAUGACCAAGUUAAAUGGGGUUUACAACACAACCGAACAGACUGGGAGAUCCCUGGAUGAGGUAGCAUUAGAGCGAUAUGGCAGUCUACGAGACUUUGAUGAUGCGCGUGAAGAGAAGGUCGAGAUGGACCGACGUAAAGUCUACGGUGACGGCUACGUUGGUAAGGAGAAACCCAGCGGCGAAUUAUUUCAGGAGAGAAAAUUGAACCAAGGUGUGCACGAAAAGCGACUAGCUUCACCAGAGCCGACAAAUCUAGACCAAGGCACUGUCAUCCCUGAUGAUGCAACAGCUCAUGUGGCAACGCAAAUCGACCAGACAACGCUAAACCGGUUGAAAGCUCAGAUGAUGAAGGCAAAACUGAGGAAAGCACCGGAUGCUGCCAAAUUGGAAGCGGAAUACAACCAAGCUGCUGCAGCUUUUGCAUCGAAAGACCCCGAAGCAGUUGUUCUUAACGUCAUGGAGAAUCGUAUGUUAGCAGGAACGCGUGGUGAAGCUAAAGCCGUCGAGACAAAGCGCGGUCGCGAAAGGGGAAAUGUCGAGCAGAAUGAUGAUAUGACGAUCGAAGACAUGAUCCGAGAAGAGCGACGAACGCGGGGCCAGGCUGGAGGAGAUGGCUUGCGUCUAGCUGAGCGCAUAGCUAAAGAUGCGAAAUUUGACGAUGAUCUCGAAUACAUGGACGAAAACGCCGACAAAUUAGCGAGGCGCGUGCAAAGGUCCGAAAUCAAUCUAAAGAACCAAGCCGUCGGCGAAUUUCAAAAGAUCAAUAAGAUCUUAGAUAAUUGUCAGCUCUGCCACCACGAAGACCGGGAUCAGCCACCAAUAGCCCCAAUAAUCUCAUUGGCAACGCGGGUCUACUUAACACUACCUACAGAGCCCGAAUUGAGUGAAGGCGGCGCUGUAAUCGUUCCUAUUCAGCACCGAACCAACCUAUUAGAAUGCGACGAUGACGAAUGGGAGGAAAUUCGCAAUUUCAUGAAGUGUUUAACACGAAUGUACCAUGAGCAAGGCCGGGAAGUAGUGUUCUAUGAAAAUGCAGCAACUCCUCACCGACACAUGCAUGCAACUAUGCAGGCCGUGCCCAUUCCAUACGACCAGGGCGACACAGCCCCAGCAUUUUUCAAGGAGGCAAUGCUCACUGCUGACGAAGAAUGGACGCAACACAAGAAAAUAAUCGACACUGGCGCUCGGGCCCGUGAGGGGUUAGGCAAACUGGCGUUUAGAAGGUCAAUUGCUAAAGAAAUGCCUUAUUUCCAUGCGUGGUUCACCUUAGAUGGAGGUCUAGGUCACGUAGUAGAAGAUUCUAAUCGAUGGCCUAGGGGAGACUUAUUCGCGAGGGAGAUUUUGGGUGGUAUGUUAGAUGUGGAGCCGGACGUGAUCAAAAAGCAAGGCCGGUGGCACAAGUCUGAUAGGAGGACUGAGGGGUUUCGAAAACGCUGGAGGAAGUUCGACUGGACUAGAGUGCUUGCUGACGGGUAAGAUGUAUAUAAUUAUAUAUCCCAUAUUUCUAAGAACAAGAAAAAGAAAAAGAAAAAGAGAAAGAGAAAGAAGAAGAACAGGAAAAAGAAAGAAAAGAAGAAGAGAAC